GUCGACCCCCGUCAGAAAUCCGCCAGUCCACCUCCAGCAUCCGCCGUCCCUACCGCUCCAGGUCCCCCGUCUCCAAGACUCCGGCUCUCGAUUCCCAGACUUCAUUGCAAGUCGGUAUCAAACUGAGGACCCUCUUUUUUACAGCGGAGUGGAGUACCAGAACCAUUUCUUCCUCAGCUCAAGUCUCUUUGGACAUAGCGCUCCCGAAACCUUGUCUCAAAUCCCAAUGUCGCAGCAAGAGCAGUCUUCCUCCUUGCUUGAAGCUUGCCUGAAUUUGUUGAAAGGCGAGAGAGACGAGCAACGGCUGGCCGGUCUGCUUUUGGUCACCAAGUUCUGCAAAGGCGAUGACAAUGCUUCCAUUCUUAGGGUUUACGAAGCUCUUGGGUCUCAGUUUCUUGAUCGUCUUCUGAGGACUGGGAUGAAAAACGGACCAAGUGGCUGUGAAAGUGACAAUCGCGACGCGUAUUUGCGGUUGGCUGUAGCAGUCCUUGCCACACUUUGCCGUGUUCCAGAUAUUGCUUCUUCAAAAGAGAUGGUCUCCAGAAUUCCUGUCAUAUUGGAGGUCAUGUCUAGAGAAUCAGUUUCACCUGUCCUUGAAGACUGCUAUGAGUUUUUGUACUUAACAUCUUCUGCAAAUGAAGACGGGGUCAAAACUCUGUUUCAAUACCAAGGAAUCAGGGUAUUAGCUUCCCAAAUAUCUACUUUUUCUGAUGGUAAUUUUUUGAUCAUUAGCCAUAGCUUAUAUAUAUGCAAAAUAUCCGUUUGGCUGCAGGUGGUUGCGUUAAUGAGACAAUUUGCUAUGCUGCACAGCGCUUUGAAAUUUGAUGCGCUUCAUCUGCUUUCUACAAUUUUCUCAUCAGACUAUUCAGGACCACUCAAGGGGGCACUUGGUCAAUUGCCAACCAAGGAUUGGUUAGAUUAUCUGUUCAUCGGUAUUGUCGCAAUCCUACAGAAUAGGGUAGCUCCUGCUGAGAAACUGCAUGCCCUAGUUUUAGCUGAGUUUGCUAUUUCAAUAACCAGUGAGCGAUGGCUGCUUAGUCCAGUUAAAUUGCCUGAGUUGCAAGAACAAGUUCCUGCUGACAGGUGUCUUCUACUAGUCUUGGAGUCUUCCCGUGUUGAAAUUGCUGUUCUGCUGAAUGAUAUUGCUUACCUCAAAUAUGAAGCUUCAAAUAAAACAUCACCCACCAUUGAAAGUAUUUUCUUGAAGAGUCGACAUCUUGCUGUUGCUUUUGCCUUGGUUGAAAAGAUUAUUAAACUAGUUUCAGUCAUCAGCGAAGAAGGAGGAAAUCUUAUUGAAGAUAAUACCUUUAUGAAAGUCAUCAAUGGGCUGAAUGAGACAAUUAAUUUGGUUUUGGAGUAUUUACAAGAUGCUAGGGAUCAUGGUCAAAAGAAAGGAGACGAUCUAUUAGCAUCUGUGCGGGUUGUUGGGAGUUAUCUUGCGGAAACACCCAUUGCAUGGAAAGAUAAGGUGACAGAGCUUCUACCUUAUAUGCUCUCAGUGGAAGGCGAAGAUGAGCCAAGCCCCUUUUCCUCUGUCUGCUUUUUGAUGCCUCUGCUCUGUCAAAUCACAAUGAAUUCUGAAGGAUGCAAACAUUUAGUUUCUUCGGGAGGACAUAAAGCUGUUGUGGAUUGCCUUGUAAAACUGGUCAGUCAGGAUGCCGAUACUAGGGAGGAUAGUAGUGGCAUCUUCUUGGCUUGUGAUACAGUCCUCAACCUUCUCACAAAGAGGCAGGAGCUACAACUUUCAUUGGACGUGUCGUCCUUUGUUCACCUUCUGAAAGCAUUGACAUAUUGGGCAGAGAACUCUCACGACCUCUCUGUAAUCAUGAUGGCUUCAAGCAUAUCUUCAUUGGUAUUCGACCACACAUCAGAAGAUGCUCUUCUGAACUAUGGGCUUGAUAGAGCCACUUGCAACCGUGUUUAUCGCCUCAUAGCAAGAAGUCUUGCAUCUGUCAGACAGGACAAGCCUAGCGAUGUCCAGUCCGAGAUGGACCUUUAUGAGAUCAUUGAAUCUGGAUAUUCGCGGUGGUCUUCGAGAUUUCCCAGCAUAAAUAGUAUCGUCAAGCAAAGCUGAUCAAGGGUUGGACGACAUUGCUAUAUUGAUCUAAACGAGGUGGAAGAGAAUGAUGAAUUGCUCGAGGACGAGCUACCGAGGCUGAUGAAUAGGGACAAAAGCCAAGGCCAAAGCAAAGCGAAAGGAAAAAAGUCUGGUUAGGAUCGAGAAGGGGAAGGAAAAAAUUUGAGGCCGAUGUCAAGUUUAUGUUUUAAUUUUAAAUUAUGUUAUGUUUUUGUUUUAAAAUUGGUUAUGUAUCUAGGUUAUUUAGUCCUAAAUGAGGGUAUGACCUUAGAAAUGUUUGGAGAGAUCUAGGAUUUGAUAACUAGUUAGCUCUGUGAGACUCUG